GUUCAAUUUAUUUUAAAUACAAUAUUUCUCCACAUAUUGUCAUAUUCAGUUAUGCUGUAUGCAGUCUUAUACUCAAAUGGACACAGCAAUGAUUUAUAAAAAUAAUAGAGGGGUGUUUUUUUUUCUGAUUUGGUUACAGAUUUCUCAAUAUGUUAGUUUAAAAGUUUAGGAAUUUAAACAAACCUGCAAAAGGUGACAUGCAACAGCUGUAUUUGUAUUUGGCAUAUUUUCACAUGCAGAGAGAUUCUCUGUGUAAGGGACUGUAAUGCAGGUUAGAGCGUGUAUUUUAAAGCAUUGCUGCUCCCUCUGUGAGCUGGACAGUGGAUGGUAUAUCAAACUGUUAAAGCCGAACCUUUAUGUCUUGUGCUUCAUUUUCUCCCCCCCCCCCCAGUGUGGAGGUCAGAGGGCGAAGCUGGUGGCCUGUGAUGGGAACGCUAUUGACACCAUGUUCGUAGACAAGAGGGACAGCCAAGGAGAGAAAGGAAAGAAACUGGUCAAUAUUUUAACAUGGGAUGGGGGAUCGAAGGAGUACCUUGCUGUACUGUUGUUGCACCCCGGCCAUAGAUCAAGCAUUGUUCUGUCAAGCCCACCCUGCUUCCCCACAGUCAGCCUUGAGAAGUGUUCAGGUGGUUUGAAUAAGAGUGAUCUAAACGGAAACAGCAUUUCGAGAGUCUCUCUUGUCUGUCUGCAGGGAGUGUCAUUCCCUCAAAACGAAGCCAGUGCGAUGGAUGUCGUGGUGCAGUACGCUGUUCACAAGCUGGGUUUCGAGCUGAAGGACAUUGUGAUCUAUGCCUGGUCUAUUGGUGGUUUUACAGCCACCUGGGCUGCCAUGUCCUACCCAGAAGUAAGUGCUCUAGUCCUGGAUGCCUCAUUUGAUGACCUGCUGCCUCUUGCCCUCAAAGUAAUGCCUGAAAGCUGGAGUCCGGAGGAUAUCAUGUCCAACAGGGGGCACUACUUGCUCUUGCGCCUCCUACAGUUCAGGUACCCCAAGGUAAUGACUGAAGAGGGGGUGCGUGCUGUCAGAGAAUGGCUGGGUGCAAGCAGCGCUGUCGAAGAAGCCUCAGUGUACAGUCGCUAUGAGAUGGACGAUGACUGGUGCACCUCCGUAUUGCAAUCCUACCAGACAGACCAGACCACAGAAUUUCCCUGGACCGUCGGCAACGACAUGACUUUCGAAGGAAGGAGACAGCUGGCUCUGUUCCUGGCUCGAAAGCACAUGAGGAAUUUUGAUGCCACCCACUGUACCCCCCUCCCUCCCUACGAGUUCCAGUCGCCAUGGCGAUUGUAGCUGCGCAGUGGGGAAACAGUCAGCGGGCGAUCUCUACUUGAAGCAUCCAAGAUGCGCGUUCUAUACUGUGUCCGAGCGAGCCCGCAGCUUGUAACAUAAUAAUUGAGGCUGUUUUAGCAACAGCCUGGUUUUAGCAGUGAGGGGGCGCUGUAGGGAUCUACUUAAAGCAGGCUCCGAAUUACAUUUUAAUCGCUUUGUCAAAUUUCCUUUAUGUAUUGUUUUUGUGUGU